AUGCCCAAGAAGAAGUCGCCUCAGGAACAGCUGUCCGCUUUUUGGUCCAGCUUCCACUCCAGGUCUCCCGGAAAAGUCACCUCCAUCUUUCCCCGUGCCCUGUACGCAAACCUUCUGCCAUCCUUGGAUGCCAACCAUCCCAAAUGGCGCACCAAUGAGCACUCCACCUCCCGCAACGCCCAGGAGUCGUACGAGGCAGCCGCGCGUGAGUGCCGUGCCCGCGUUCGCCGCAUCGUCCGCGAGUGUGAACGUACCAAUGAGAAGUUCACCGAUCCCGAUUUCGACAUUGAACGCGAUCCCAGCAAUAAUUGCCUCAAUCGCCUCAUCCGCGACGAUGCUCAAGUCGUGGCCAACGAUCAGUACAUCGAUAACGAUCCCCAGGCUGCUCCAGGGAUGGCGACGACCACCAGUCGGGAGUCCUGUGAUGCGAAACCUGUUCUGCAAAACUGUCGUCCUGGAGCCGGCGUUGAAUAUAGUUUUGGCUCCAUUCAUCGCGUUGACUGGAUCUUUGAGAACCCUCAGUUUACCAUUAACGGGUUCUCCUCGUCUGAUAUCAAGCAGGGCAGCGCUGGUGACUGCUGGUGGCUCGCUGCCAUUGCCACCAUAGCCCACCGCCGUGACCUGAUGGACCGCGUCUGUGUCGCUCGCGACGAGGAGUGCGGCGUCUACGGUUUCGUUUUUCAACGAGACGGCGAGUGGGUCUCAACUGUCAUCGACGACAACCUUUACCUCAAGAUGAAGGACUUUUCCGACUACCACGCCAACGUCUAUGAUCAUACGGGCCAUAGGUCGAGAACAUGGCGCAAACGCUAUCAAACUGGCAGUGAGGCACUGUAUUUUGCCAGAUGUGACGACCCCAACGAGACGUGGCUUCCGUUGCUUGAAAAGGCGUUUGCCAAGUGCCAUGGUGACUAUGAGUCUCUGACGGGGGGCUGGCCUGGCGAAGCUGUCGAAGACAUGACUGGCGGCGUUACCACGACAAUCAUGUCGAACCGCGUAUUGCGCCGUGACAAGCUUUGGAGGGAACUCGCGAGCACUGACGGAGGCUUCGUGUUCUCGCUGGCUGCGAUGGGCUCAAGCUGCUACUCGGAACGAAAUGGCAUCGCCAUGAGUCAUGCCUACUCCAUCUUGCAGUCGCGAGAGGAAUCGGACGAGGAGGGUCGGCGCGUUCGUCUUGUCAAGAUUCGAAACCCUUGGGGCCAGCGCACCGAGAGGGGGCUUGGCGAGUGGGCUGGCGCCUGGUCUGAUGGCUCCAAGGAGUGGACGCCGUAUUGGCUCGCGAAGCUUGGCCACGAGUUCGGUGACGACGGCGUAUUCUGGAUGUCGUUUGACGACAUGCUUCAGACGUUUAGCCAUAUACAUCGUACACGCCUCUUUGACGAGCGGUGGACCGUCGUGCAGCGAUGGACAGCUGCGCACGUCGCAUGGGUCACGGGCUAUCUGCGAUCAAAAUUCGUACUCGAGGUCAAGGAAGCCGGCCUCGUGGUGCUGGUGCUCGCGCAGCUUGACGAUAGGUACUUCGAGGGCUUCGCUGGUGGAUACAGUUAUGAGCUACACUUCACGUUGCAGAAAGCAGGGGCUGGCAAGGGAGGGCAGAGCGAUCAGAUCUGUCGCGUGCGACCAGCUCACGACAUGGAGAAUCGGAGUGUCAGCUGUGAGGUUGAACUAGAGGCGGGUCGAUAUGAGGUCCUCCCGAAAAUCACAGCUACGCGCGAGAAGGACGCGUUGAGCGUUGGAGACCUCGUCAAGAAGUACGCCAACGUGAACCCGCAAAAGCUGCGCCAGGUGGGCAUGCAGUAUGACCUUGCCCAUGCCAAGGGAGGCGUACCGGACGAAGACGGCAUGCUAGAGAGCAAGAAGACCGAGCUCAAGCGGAAGAAGGCUGAGAAGAAGAAAAGGAUGGCGGACAAGAAACAAAAGGCGAAGGCCGAGAAACAGAAGCAGCGCACUUUACGAAGGGCAAAGAGAGCUAUGAGAAAGGCCAAGAAGGCUAUUGACGAAGUAGUCAAUGGCAAUGAUUCUGGAGAUGGCGUGAAUGAGGCCCAGUGUCGCAAAACGAACACAAACACCACCAUCGACACCAACGGAGAGCAAGAGACGAAGGAUAUAGAUUCCUCUCAAGCCGCCAAACGCAUUAAUGACGAUCCGGUUGAUAAUCCCACGUCCACGGCGGACUCAACAGCCAUUGAGCAGGAGUCGAAACACGAUGUUGACGAGCUUGCAAAACUUAUCGAUGAUAUUGCGAAACCCGCCGAUGACGAAACGACGCCCCCCACGACUGCUGCGGUUAUACCCACUCUGCUGACGCCCCCGUCCCAGAGCCCUGCGAGCCAGUCGGGUGGGGAAGAGCAAGAAGCCACGGCGGCUGCCCAAUCUGCUGAAACAGAGGCGGCAACGGAGACUGAGAAAACCGAUUCUGAAGAUUCUGAAUCCGGGUCAUCGUCGGAGUCUGACACCGAAUCGGACACGGACUCGGAUUCUAGCCAUGAUAGCAGCGACGACGCUGAAACGCCGUGGAACGCCGUCUGCGUGAUCGGGCUUCGCGUUUACGCUCGUGAUCCCUCCGUGUCGGUGUCGCUGGUCAAGCCUGACGACGAUUUUGAAGGGGCGGCCUUGACGGUCGAUGGGGAGCCUGCGGGUGCCACAAUGUGA